CAGAUGUCGACUCCGUUAGCUGGCACGACAAGUGUCAAAUCCUCACAAUGUAUGGACUAUGCUAACCAGUAAUACUCGUCAGUCUCAUACCCCUCUUUCUCUCCGACUCCCGCACUCCCGGUCUCUGGUUUGGAAAUUUUGAAGCACGGACUCGUUUUGUUUUGUUGAUUCUCUUGUCGAUGAGGUUAGAUUUGGAGAGAUGUUGUGUAUCGAGUUCUUGUUCGUCACCGUGUUCUUCGGCGGAAGAGGAGGCGGUGGGCGUUUCGGCGGAUCGGUUGGUGAUGAGCGAGUUGGAAGCAGCGGAGGCGUUGGCAGAUUUUGCGCAUUUAGUUAAUCGAGAGAGCGGGGGUGAAAGCGGCGGGCAAUGGGGGAGUAAAGGAAAGAGAGUGAGGAAGCGAGUAGCGAGUGAGUCGCCGCCUUGUGACUUGGGUUUAAAUCCCAUUGACUCGGUUCGAUGCUGUUCCGAUCUCGGUCAGGACCGAGUAAAUCAAGAGCAGCGGGAGAGUCAAACAAUAUGCAAAAAUUUAAUGGAGAACACAUUGAAGUCCGAGCAAUAUGAAGAAUCACUAAAACCUAGCCUUACGUGUUUCAGAAGUCAUGCAUCUUAUGGUGGCAGCAGAGGAAGACAGCUGUUAACUGAGGACGAAAAGGAAGCACGUCGACUACGUAGGGUAUUAGCAAAUAGAGAGUCAGCUAGACAGACAAUUCGUCGGAGGCAGGCUCUAUGUGAAGAGUUGACAACUAAAGUAGCUGAUCUAUCGUGGGAGAAUGAAAACCUGAUUAAGGAAAAAGAGUUGGCCUUGAAAGAGUAUCAGUAUUUGGAAACCACCAACAAGAAAUUGAAGGCAAAGAUGGCUAAGAUGGUAAAAGUGGAGUUGGAUGAAACUAAAGGAGAGCCAAAGUCAGCCGAUGUUCAAAUGCCUAAACCUCCAACGACAGAACCGCCAUUUCUACUGUAUAAUCAACAUCCAUUUCAACCACUCAGUUGGCCUUCCAUCCCCCAGUUUUCAAAUCCAUUCUUGUCACCUAGUGUUGCCCCAUCAAACAUUCCUCUGCCAGCUAUUGAGAAGCUUGGUUCCUCACGACCAGAAAAUUCCAUGAAUCUAAAUGGUCCGGGAACUCCUAUAUACAUACUGCCAUGUCCUUGGUUCUUCCCAAUGCCUGAUCAUGGAAAUGGAGUUCACCCUCAGCCAUCAUGUGUCUUUAAAAAUGUACAUGACAAAACUGCUGUGGAUAACUGUUGCAGUGCUAGCUCAUCUUCUGAAAUCAUUCUACAUGCACAGAACCACCUUUCCUCUUUUCCAAUAAAACUGAAAUCAGAACCUUCUCACUCAACAAAAGCUAGAUUCACUGCGGAUCUGAAUGAGAUCCCACCGGAGUUGCCAGCAGAAGGAGGUGAUCAGCACACUGGACCUCAGGCUAACAAAAUUAUCCUCCCAACUAGAGUGUUAAGUGCUCUAGGACAAACUCUUACUGUUGAACAUGAGAAUGCAACACACUCACAACAAGUUGCCAGUAGUAUUUCUACUAAAGCCACUGAUAUAGUAAGUUCUUUGACAGAAAACAGUAGAGACCGGGUCAAUUACUCGACCAAGAAAUUAGCGGACACAGUUGCUGCUGCAGAGGCAAGGAAGAGGAGAAAGGAACUGACGAAACUAAAAAAUCUCCAUGGGCGUCAAUGUCGAAUGAAUUGCUGAGAUUUUAGCUUGCAUUUGGGUGAUUCUUUGGACACAAAAGGCUUUUGGGGCUUCAGGCUGGCCAGAAUGUUGAUUUAAAAGCACUGGCUAGGUUGACAAUUUGGUCUGAGCCAGGCUUCAAGUUACUAAAGUUUUAAGGUUCUUUUUACCUUUUUUCCUUGUCAGCUGAUGUAACUAGAAUGAAAUUUUGAUAGGUCUGCCGUUUUGUCCGUAGCGUCUCUAAUAGGACAGGGUUCAAAAGUUUUGAUGAGACUGACAUUCCCAUGAAGCUGCGGUUGUUUAUAGUAUUCUGUUGUGGGAGAUCUGCCAAGGAAAUGAGUUAUUUUGAUGGCCUUCUCAGUUGGAAGGGGUAGUACAAGUGGAGUUAGAGGGAGCUGUACAUUUUAGAUUAUGCUUGAAGUUCAUUAUUUCCAGUCUCAGAUUUCUCUCUU